AAAUGUAAGCUUCUUCCUUCCAUUACCCAUCAACCUUACCACUUAUCAUUAACACAACACCCUAGGGAUGUUCUCUUGGGAAUCACCGGCAAGGACUUUGUCAUUAUCGCCGCAUCCAAGGGUGUAUCGCGAGGUCCGACUGUCAUCAAGGCCGAGGAUGACAAGACACGACAGUUGAACAAUCACACACUCAUGGCCUACUCAGGAGAGGCUGGUGACACCGUGCAAUUUGCCGAAUACAUCCAAGCCAACAUCCAGCUGUAUACUAUGCGCAAUGAUACCGAGCUCAGUACCCCUGCAGUGUCCAACUUCAUUCGAGGAGAAUUGGCACGCAGCUUGCGGUCACGGACCCCGUACACAGUCAACUUGCUUCUAGGAGGUGUGGAUCCAGUCAGCGCGCAACCUAAUCUCUACUGGAUCGACUAUCUGGCGUCAUUGGCACCAGUCCCAUAUGCCGCCCACGGCUAUGCCCAAUACUACUGCCUUUCUCUCCUUGACAAACACCACCACCCCGACAUCGACAUCGAUGAGGGCAUCAAGCUCCUUGGCAUGUGCACAGACGAGCUCAAGCGUCGGCUACCGAUCGACUACAAGGGGAUGUUGGUGAAGGUAGUGACUAAGGAUGGAGUAAAGGUGAUAGACUUUGAUAACGAUAAGAUCAUCCGCUGUGCUUAA